AGGCACAACCUAGAUUCGAGCCAAUGUUUUAAGUAGUUGAACUCCAACAUCGUGAAAGUGACAAAUUGACACGUUUUCAUUUUCGUCAAAACAACUUUAUAUUGAAAGCGUGCCUUUGAUUUGACUGUCUGCACAAGCGCAGUUUGGCGCGAGACGACCAUUAGGAUGAAGUGUUUCUACGCAUGACGUCGCCUACAAGUGUGAUCAGCCUAUCUUCAUACUGGACUGUCUUUAAUUACAGUCAAUAGGUACAGUAGAUAAAAAACAUAGUUGUGGCAUCUGGAAGUCCACUACAGAGGAUAUUUCUUGAUAACCUCUAUGUAGCAUUCUCAUUUAAUGUGUUUUUUUUUACACAGUCCUGACACCUCACUUAACUGUUGCUGAGAUAUUCACUUAGGCCUACCAGAAACAAUUUGAAUAUCAAACUCAUAAAAAGUAUCAUUAAUAAUUAGCCCACACGCAAUUAUUUUCAAAUGUCCAUAAUAUGUGCUAAUUUUAAUGGUAGACAAGUUUUUUUAGAAUCAGGAAGUUAAAGUUUUCAAAGUCACACCCCCACACAUACGAUAUCACUGAAAAGCCCAGAAUGUCCUCUCAAAGGGACAACAGGACUUAAUACAGUAGCUUGUAUGGCCUCAGAGAUGCGGACCAAGAACGGAUGACCACUGGACAGGACAAAAAUGAAGGAGGAUAAAACAAUAGGAGCACAGAUUAUAUGAACACAGUUUAUGUCACAGUGGACCUUUCAUCUUUGCCUUUUUGACAGAGUGUAUUGUUUGAACUCAUGAGAUGUUUUGAUUUAAUUAUGGCGAAUCCCUUCUGUAUGGCAUGAUGGCGGCAGACUUUGUUAUCUCUACAUCGCCACUCGUUCUGACUCCCAGAGAGGGCUGAAAACGGUGUCUAUUGUCCUCCCCUAUCAACCCGGGCGGUUUCAACCAACCGAGAGGAAAGAUAACAACCAUGAACUGUGUGUCGAUCGUCGCCUUACUGUCUCCUCUCUCUGCGGCUGAGCAUAGAUCACUCCGGUGGAUUAACCCCAACCCUCGCAUCGAAGGGUCAUCACGAGCAUUACAUCACCGAUUCCCACACCCUGAAGCGUAAAAUGAUACCCAUUUCAUAUUUAACGAGCGGAUCUGAACACUGGUGAUGACGGGUGACGCCUGGAUUAAAUGUUUUUGACGUCGUGGGGAUUAUCCAAAUAUAUCAACAAUAUCAAAUUGGCUAUACAAUUCAUCAACGAGAUGAUGGCGCUUUUAUGAACGGGAGAUAGACGAACACUGUUAUCUACAUCUCUGCCUGUAGGCUCCUUUGUCUUCGUAGAGAAUGUGAAUGGCGAAAGAUGACAUGGCAGAGGUAGAUUCAGCAUCCAGUGGAGCGGAACCCACGCGCGGGCUGGAGAUAGCGUUCCCAUACGAGGAGUAUGAAUGCAAAAUAUGUUACAAUUAUUUCGACCUUGACCGUCGCGCACCCAAGAUUUUAGAAUGCUUGCACACAUUUUGCGAGGAGUGCCUGAACACUCUCCAUCUCCGCGAGGAGCGUCCAUGGCGAAUCAGCUGCCCUAUAUGUCGCCACAGGACGCCCGUGCCGGACUAUCGGAUACAAAACCUGCCCAAUAACACCAAGGUAACGGAGGAUUUCCCAUUGUACAUUGACUCUGACCCUCUGCCUCAGGAUGCCUUGCCCCUCUACCCUCCUCCGUUGCACCCCGCACUCGUCGCCCUCAGGCGCGAGGAGGCAUCGGGGGCGUCCACGAGCCAAGCUACCCCCUCCACUACCUUGUCCACCGCCACUACCCUCUCCCAGGACUCCGUGCGCUAUGACAGCUGUCAGAGCUGCAAGCGGGUUGCCCUGACUACGGGCUGUGUGUGUGUGAUAUUCUCCUUUCUGUCCAUGCUGGUUCUGCUCUUCAUGGGCCUGAUCUUCGUGCACAGUCACAGCAACCCGCCCUCGCCCGCGGGCCCCAUCUGCCUGUCGGUGGCCAGCAUCCUAGCCAUGUUCUCGGUGGUCGUCACGUGGCUGAUCUGCUGGUUAAAAUACAGACCAGAUCACGAGUCAGGCCGCUCGUCUGGAACGAAUAGGAGGAACGCCUGAUGAUGAAGAUGCUAAUCAUGAUGAUAAUGUGAUGUGUGUGUGAUUACGUAAAUACUGCUGUAUACUAGCAUAAUGUCCCUCCCUCCCUUCACUUUUUGUUGUUGUCGAAAUAAACAUUGUCCGGAAUGGCCUUUUAACAGUAGGAUAUAGCAAGCACCAUGUAAACACCUUCAUCUGCUUAUUGAGAACUAAGCCUACAGUAGCCUACCAUUGAUACAUUCAUACAGGCACUUGUAUGUCUACCUAUGGCAGGUUUCUAUGAUGAUGGGUAACCUUGCCUGAGACCUAAAUUAACUGCCUGUCGCUCCCAGAACAGACUGGUUGAUUGCUGGUUGAUUGAGUUGAGGACUGUGGUUUGAUAACAGUUUCCUGAAAAGUAUACAUCACUAUGCCUCUCACUGCAUGAAAACCUGUCCUCCCUCCCAUGCAUCUCAAAGACGCACCUGCCCAUGUUAUUGUAGUGUGGGCUACACAAUUCCACAUGAAUAGUUUGAGAUUUUGUAUCAUGCCUAUAACAGACCCACUCAUUUGAGAAGUCACUAAUAUAUGUAAUUGACAAGUCACUCAGGUAAGAUGUGUAAAUAGUACAGUAUCUGUGAAGAUAGGAGAGGUGUCCUUACCGCUAUUUAAAUUGACAUGGUGUUUAGGUUACCAAGAAUAGGUCUAGAGAACAGGUGCCUGCUACAUUCCUAUUUUAAAAGGUCUCCGGUUGUAGGCCUACUGUACACUUGUGUACAUCUCCCUGGCCUUUCUGCUGUCUGUGUAGUCAGAUCAUCAUCAUCUGCCAGGCCUCUGAAAGUAUCCUCUUCCCUUCCUCCUGCCUGUCGACUGAUCAUCGCCACCGGUCUGACAGACAGUGAAGGUGAAAGCAAGGUUCCUUCCCACCAUAUUGCUUUGAGUCUUGUUGUCAUUCACUUCAGAUCAUUGAUGAGAACCUUGAAGAAGGGAGGAGGCAUUUCCUCCUUUUCGAUUGAGGCGCUAAUUUACCCCUCUCUUUAGGUGGUUGAAGAUGCACUCCAGGAUCUAAAGCACAACAAAUUCCUAACAUAUUGCACAAAUGUGAUUUGUAACAGUCACACGAAAUAGAUGACGUUCUACACAAUUGGAUGACGUAGUAGGCUACACAAAAAACAGAUCCGUUUCGGCUGGUGAGCACCACUUUCAAAACUACUGGCUGAAAUUAUAGAAAAGCUCUGGAGUGCAUCUUUAAUUGCCAUGUGCUUGACAGGUUUCCAAAGCAAACAGAUUCCUCUGGCCUGUUGCCUGUGUAACCGAUGUGAAAUGGCUAGCUAGUUAGCAGGGUGCGAGCUAAUAGCGUUUCAAUCGGUGACGUCACUCACUCUGAGACCUUGAAGAAGUUGUUCCCCUU